UCGCCACCGGUCUGAUCCCCACCCCUCGUCCUGCUUCCCAGCCCCCAAUGAAAAGCAGUGGAGCCGACGAGCAGACAGUUGCACUGCUGUGGUGAGGAUGAUAUCAUCGGCGGCACCACUCGCUGUACUAACUGAGAGAUAACAAAGGGGAAAUGUUUUUCACUAUCACGGAGAAUUAUCACUGAUCUGUUUGGGAACUGCGACACUGUUCUGGUAGCUUCGUUGUCAACACUUUCUACCUCCUCCCGUACAAGUUUUCGCUCGGUUUCUAUAGCAAAUGACGACUUUGAGUUGAACGCCGCGUUUGUACCUGGGCUGGGCUGCACUGUCCUCUACAGCUUCGUGUCGGUCGCCGCACCUCCGAGUGUCCAUCUCCUUAUGCAAAAAUGAACAGCUUUGCUCUGGAGAAGGAGACCGAUGGAAAUGAAUUCACAAGCAACGAGGAAGAGGUCAGGACAUUAUUUGUCAGUGGGCUGCCCCUGGACAUCAAACCCAGAGAGCUCUACCUCCUCUUCAGACCUUUUAAGGGUUACGAAGGCUCAUUGAUCAAGCUUACCUCUAAGCAGCCUGUGGGCUUUGUUAGUUUCGACAGCAGAUCAGAAGCGGAGGCAGCGAAGAACGCACUGAACGGUGUUCGGUUUGACCCGGAAAUUCCCCAGACUCUAAGGCUGGAGUUCGCCAAGGCCAACACAAAGAUGGCCAAGAACAAACUGGUGGGAACCCCUAACCCAUCCAUGCUGCAGCACAGCCCUGGCCUCCAGUUCAUAAACAGAGACACAUAUGAUAUGUCUGUUCCCAUUCUCUACCCCGCUGCACCAGAGGUCUGGCCUCCUUAUACCCUCUAUCCCUCUGAGGUUAGCCCAAGCCUGCCAACGAUCAGCUAUCCAUCCACUGUACACACACAGCUUCGCUGGUACCCUCCUGUCGACUCCGCACAGGGAUGGAAGGUCAGGCAGUUCUGCUGAGAGGGUUGCGACGGACAGUCCUUAACAGCUUUGAUCAUUGAAAAUGGAGAUUUCCUGAUUUGAGGGAGGACUUUAUGGCCUUGGGGUCUCCAUGGACAUGCAAAAGGCAGUGUGCCUCAACCAAACAUCAAACGGCCAGCCAAAGGAACACCUGUCCAAUUUUAUACUGUACAGACUUUUUACUAUUUAUGCAUAAAAUAAAAUGCCUGUUAUUUCGUUCAUAUGAUUAAAACACGAUAAAAGUAUAAUUUACAAAAGUGUGAACAUUUCUCAAUGUUUUGAGGACAAAGCAGACAAAAACCAUUAUAGUAUUUUUAUAAUGAAUGUAUGUAGUCUGGUACUAUUAGUCCUUUGUAGAGUGUUGGUGUUGCAUUUACUGGUUGGGUAUUAGCAUUAGUACUGAUUAGGAGUAAGAAUAUAAACUGUAAAGAGAAAGUGUGGCUUGAAGGAUUAAAGAAAACACGUGGCAUUUUUGAUGAACGGGCUUUGUGAAAAUGAUGUUUCCACUGAGGGGUGGCUUAUUUUGUACUCUUUAAUCUCUCAAGUGAAGGGGGGAGGCAGGCAUACGGAGGAUCUUAAAAUAGAAUCUGCAGUUUAUUUUCGGAAAGUGACGCAACUCCUUUGAGAAUACAAAGUCCCGUCUUUGAACUGAAUUCAAGUUCAGUCUCAAAGGUUAACAUCAAACUGUUGGUGACCAUUUUUAGUCCUCCUCCACCAAGGCCUUGUGUGUCUGAUCAUGAUGUUCUUGUGUUUGGCCAAGCUAUUUUAGCUCUUAAUGCAUCAAGCUUUUGAGGUCAUACAAGUUAUUGUGACAAAAAUAUUACAGACUUAAUUCCCUUAACUAAGAUGAUGACUCACUAUGAUAAUGUCAAAUACGGUGUUUCUUAGAUCCAAACCAAGCAACAAUAAGUAGCAUUAAAAGUUAAAACAGAACCCUGUACUCGUACAGUGACAAUAAGUAGAAAACGUCAUUUCCAUAUUCACAUUUCUCUUUGAAGCCAGAAGUCCGUUCAAAUGAAUGUAUACUUCGACUAUCACAACAGGAGAGGCAGCAUAUCGCAUCACUCCCCACAGCAUGGAGAGAAUCCCUUCCAGUGAAGGUUAAACGUCAUUGGAUGUUUUUCUGAAGAAAAAUGAAUAGUCCCAAGAAUGUGGAAGAAUAAAUCAAUUGCGAAUAAAGUUCAGCAAAGUCUAAAGAAUACUCACAUUUCGAGCUUCCAUAAAUCAUGCAAAACUGUGGAAAGGGCUUGCUGUAGACUGUGUAUAUAUAUCAAACUCACUCUCGCUCUCCCUCUCCCCAUCUCCUGUUGACAACAUAAGCCCCACUCGUGGCCUCCAUCCCAGGCAGGCUGUUGAGAUUUCUCUGCUUUUUGGUGACAGUUCCUUGGGGCUAGGAAGGCAACAGGGCCCCAAGGCCCUCCAGCAACCAUAAACAAGCAGGUUCACCCCAUCUCUUCCACAAACCCUGCCUCAAUCUAGGUACUUUCAGAAAUCACACUGAAAUCAAUUGGAGUGUUGUGUUAAAAAUGAGUAUUCAAACAACAGCAAUUAGUCUUUGCCUUUAAUCAUCUGUCUAGAAAGACUCCCAAUCAAAUGCUGUCAACGUAAUUACUUGUACUGUCUUAAGAGCAAACUUAAAAGAAUAAAGAAAAUAUUUACAACAGUU